GCUCCGUGUCGCUGCUGCUGCUCGUCACACGGAGGAGGAGGAGGAGAAACUCCGCGAAGCCAGCAGGAGAAACGAUAAAAAAAAAAAAAAAAUCCUACCUAUCUACCGUGUAGUUUAUACCGUAGCGUUUACAGAGAGGUUUAAAAAAAAAAAAACUUCCUGUCGGUGCGGUGUGAGAGCCGUCCAUCUGAACAACCCGGCGAAUCGAGUUUACGAAAGAAGCGCGCUCAUAUUUCCACUUGUCCCUCAGGAGGAGGACUUGUUCGGAGCUACUAAUCGACAAAUCAACUCUUUGGACCGUUGAUCGUCACUGGACUCGAGACUUUAACAUCCAUUUUUUUUUUAACCUCAACUGUUUUAUCUUGCAUAUAUUUUAAAAAGGGAAUUUUUCCUCAAGUCGGCGGCAAUGGGGGAGCAGCCAAUCUACACCACGAGAGCUCAUGUCUUCCAAAUUGACCCAAACACUAAGAGGAACUGGGUACCUGCCAGCAAACAGGCUGUCACUGUCUCCUAUUUUUAUGAUAGCACACGUAACAGCUAUCGCAUCAUCAGCGUGGAUGGAUCCAAGGUGAUCAUCAAUAGCACCAUCACGCCCAACAUGACAUUUACCAAGACAUCACAGAAGUUCGGUCAGUGGGCAGACAGCCGGGCCAACACCGUGUUCGGACUGGGUUUUGCUUCAGAACAACAACUCUCUAAGUUUGCCGAGAAGUUCCAGGAGGUAAAAGAAGCAGCCAAGAUGGCAAGAGACAAAUCUCAAGAGAAAGUGGAGGCACUAACUAAUCAUUCACAGGAGUCUGGACGUGAUACCCCCUCUGCCAACCAAGCAUCCAGCAUUAAUGGGACAGAUGAUGAGAAAAUCUCCCAUGUGGGUCCAGAAGCUGCCUUGCUGAAGACUGAGAAUGAACACCUCAGGAGUGCCAUGGAACACAGUAACACCAAUGCCAAGAAGUGGGAAACAGAGCUCCAGACAUUAAGAGACAGUAACUCCAGGCUUGUAGAUGCACUGCAGGAGUCCUCAGCAAAUGUUGAAAGCUGGAAAAAACAAGCUGCUGCUUCCAAGGAGGAGAGUGACGCACUCAGGGCAAAGAUCACAAACCUAGAAGCACAGUGCAAUGAAGUCAAUCAAGAAAAGCAGAGAAAUGCCCAACUGACUUUACGAGUGCAGGAGCUACAGAAUGACCUACAGGAUAAACAACAGGAACUGGACAACCUGAGAAAGCAGGCAGAAAUAAUCCCUCAGCUCAUGGGAGAGUGCGACAGCAUCACCUCCAAACUGCAGUUGGCAGAGACCAAGAACAAGGAGUUGGAGGGACGGGUGCAAGGCCUUCAGUUGGACAUCGAAGACAGUCAGCAAAAGCAAAACCACAUGAAGGGGGAGCUGAAGAAGUUCAUGAAUGAUUUUGAUGGAAAGCUAGACGAGCUGCAUGAGUUCAGGCAGGGGCUCUCAAAGUUAGGUGUGGAUAACUAAGUGGUGCUGAGGUCACAGGUCAGGGACAAAGGAUUCACAGCAGUAUGUCUUCAGGGCAGAGCUAUGUGGCACCCGCCUCCUGUAGGUGGUUUCCACUCAAACAGCUUUGACUACAACUUAACACUACCAUGUGGGAGAGAAAUGAUAUUGGAGAGACUAAAGGGGGGGCCCGGGCACGCCACAUGGCUUCAUUUUGUGUGCUGGCAUUCUGAAGUUAAAUCAAGAUUCACACUUUAAGCUCCCAUAUCUGUUUCUGCUGGGAGGGGAAACGUCAGUAAAGCUGGUGGUGGGUUUAUAUUCUUUAUUUUCUGGAGGCUGCAGCACGUCUGGUGUAGGACAAGGGGACUUAAAGGGCUAAACACGGUGACGCAAACAGGAUGGCGUUCAGCGUCACUGUGGUAACAAUUGAUGUUGACCCUUGCCCCUUCCUGUCAUCCGACACCCCCCCCCCCCCCCCAGAGAAUUUGAGCUGAUCUGUUCUUUCUAGAGACUGUCCCUGCUGUUGACUCCUGUCUAUCUCAGGUGUGUUAGGAGACUCAUUAGACAAUAUGCACAUAAAUAACAAAUGGCCAUGACACAAAGUGCCUCCAGGUGAGCCGAAUGCCACCUGGCGAGGAGAGCUGGCCAAGUGAUGACCAUCACCAUAACAACUUGAUUAUUUUUAUGAAAAUGAAAGAUACAUGAAUAAAAUGAGCUGAAAAAGAAAGGCCAUCCUCACCACGUGACCGUAAGAGUUUCCAUUUACCAUGGAAAAAACCUAAAUCCAGAAAAUGUUUGAACUAAAAGGAACGUGUGCAGGAAUUCUGCUGUUGCGGUUAUUAUGUUUUAGGAAACACUCCUCGGUAUGUCUGUAGAGAGAAAUUCCUCUUGGGCAAAGAGAUUCCUUCAGAAACCUCCAAAUCCUCCAAAAAUAUGAUUGGAAAACCCUGUUGCCAUGAGUUUACUGUUUUUGUGUGUGUGCAAUAGUCCAUUUGUCAUUUUCUAGAACAAAGAAGCUGUUGAUGUUCUUUGUAGUUUUUGGUUUGGUGGUGGGUAUUUUUGGAGAAGGGAUUUUGAUUUGUUGCUGUCAGACGGGUGAAUAACGUGCACAUCACUGAAAACACGAGAUGACAAAAGCCUUCACUGUCAGAUUCUUGUUUUAUGAUUUCUAUUAUUUAUUUUGGUGCCUGUCUCCAAGUAGAAUUUUUUUUUGAAAACACCAUGUAAAUUAACACAAACUGAACCUAAUGUCCCACAAAAUGUUAGCUAUAUGAAAUUGUGUAAUAUCUGGAUGUGUUAUAAUGGAGUUGUUUGAGGGAUGCUGGUGUAGCUCUUUAUUUAAAUAUAUAAA